AUGUCUAUCGACGUCUCGAACAUUAAACGCCAUGAAUCAUUCUACGCUGCUGGUGGCGACGUCGUUCUUUUAGCGUCUAAAUCGAAAGACAAUGACUCCGUCAACUCAGGCUACGUCGCCUUCCGACUAGACACGUCAACCCUCUCUCUAUGGUCUAUGCCCUUUUCGGAAAUGAUACGGUCAACUAUCCAGUCCACCAAUUCAGAUGAAAAAUACGAUGGUGCUGCCGCUAUCUUCAUGCCCGACUCUGCCUCGGAUGUCGAGAGCCUAUUGAAUGCGUUGCUUCACGGAUUUGAGCUUCCCGUCAAGCUUGGUGCAGAGGCGCUGGACACCAUUGGACCUGUACUCUCAAUGGCGACGAAGUACAAGUUCGAGCGACUUCGUGCGCAUAUUGUGCAGCUCCUUGAAUGUGAUUGGCCAACGACUACCGCUGCGUGGUUGAAGCUCGAUGCCCCCAUUAGCGAAAAACACGCCGAAUUUGAAGAACCGCAGAAGCCCCGUUGGACACCCCGCCGCCGGCUUCCCGAGCCACCUACGCCGAAAGCCCCACCGGCGACGUGGGCAGACUUCGCUGCGCCAUCCGCGCCGACAUUCAUACGGUUUGCUCGCGACCACAGCGUUCCCUCGAUCCUCCCCGCCGCUUUCUACAGUCUUUAUUGUCAAGAACGACCGUAUCGGGAAGAACAUGUAAAAUUUUACCUCAAAAUUUAUCGCAAAAUGGCUGCUCGCAAAACAGGGUCCUGUAGACCUUCCAGUCCUCCGAUCGAUCACAGCAAGUCCUAUUGGAAACGCACAUGGGAUCCUUCCAAAGUCCAAUCUAGGUGGCCAUCAUUGACGGCAGAAGACGUAGAGGUUUUCGAGAAUAUGGCCCAUAUCAUCGACGACUGGAACAGGCGCAUGCUCAAGCGGCACUGUAAGGAGUGUAAGGAGGAGAUGAAAGCUAGUGGGAAGCGGGCGAAGAUUGUUCGUCUUCCGAAGAUAUUCGAGAUGAGAGCGCACGAAAUCGAGGUGGAUCCGCUCAAGUGUCUACGCAAAUUUGGAGACGAGUUGUGGUCGUAUUCUUAUCUGGACGGAUAUUAUCGGCCUUGCAAAGCGUGCGAGAGUAUACUUCAUACGGCAAAAGAAGCGGCCAUCCAGGACCUUUGGGAUUCGUUCAGAGCACUAUUUGGACUUUCUUCGCUCCGUAUGCCGUCUGAACUCCCUCAGAAUGAAGAUCCUGAAGACACUGAGUACGAAACCGACGACGCCUUAAAUGCCGAUGCCAAUAAACUCUCGGACGACGAUUGAUAUUCUGCCGAAACGAGGACUCCACGUUUGCCCGUUGCUUACUGGUGGCGAUAUUAUUUAGUAAGUAGAAGCUAGCCUGAGUCUGAGUUCUUUGGACAAUGAUUUGACGCGAUUUUGUCUUCUUAUACCUUCCCAUAUCUUAUUAUUGACUAUAUCGACUGCGUUUUCAGUGUCAGU